UCGAUGUACUAUUAAAGUGGCAAUCGAGAAUUGUUUUACUUUGGGUGCUAAUGUCCAGGCGACGACAAUGAAGGUCAAUGCAAAGUCGUUGGUAGUGGACACGCUCUGCAAGCUUUACGCUUUGUGGCUGAUUGUCAUCGGGCUUCUCAUACCCAUCACCAACAUCGUGACUGAUGGAGAGGCGGCCAUGUUGACCAGUACAAUGCUUGAUGUGUUCCAAGUCAUCCUAGCCGGCACAGGAAUAGCGUUCUUUCUGUUUAUGCAUGGCUUCAUCGUCAGGGGCGUCACCCACCUCAACGAAUCUGAACUGAGGGAAGCAGACGAAGCCGAAGACGAUAUUGAAACUCGGCGGAUAUCACGCGGGUCGCAGGGCACAAUCUCUCUUGGUACCAUGAACACAUCUUUGACCACUCUCCAGGUUCCGCCAGAGUAUGCAAGGAAUAUAGAUGGUGGCCAGUAUUCACAGCAAAAUGGCGACAAUCCCCUGGUCCAAGAUAUACAGAUUGGUGACGCAACGUAUGACCAUUGUUCCGUUUCGACGGUGGAUCAUUCCUCUAAAGGGAAGAAUGGUGAUGGACCGCUGGGGAGGGAUGGUUACCAACGCGCUAUAGUAGAGUCGCAGAGAAGUGAGAAGAAUACAGCACCCAUUGCUACAAUCCUCGGGCAUGGCGAGGGACAAUAUCCAAACUUCUAUGUCAGAGUGGGAGCUGUGCUGUUUGGUAUUGGUACUCUGGUGACCUAUGGUAUCGGGAUCUUCUCUAUCGCUGAAGUAUCGUUGAAAUGUCACGUGAUCGUUAGUCCACUGGACGUAUCAAAAUGGAUCCUACAAGGGACCUUCACCUCGCUUCAGCUUUACUUCAUUUUCAAAUAUUCAAAGAUUUCCGUGAACCGAUGGAAGGUGUUGGUGCGAUUCGGGACGAUGCACCUCUUGGCGACCAACAUCAACUGGUGGAUACAAACCAUUGCCUUGGAGUUGGAGGAGGUCCUUGAAAUGGGACACGGACGGUCACUUCGUUCAUCUACAGGACGCAUCCAGCUGAUCAACAACGACACCGUGAAUUACACAGACCCGGAAGUCCCGUUGGUCGUAACGUGCGUAAACUCCAUCCCAGGGGCAACUCUAAUGAGAAACACUCGUCAUUUCCUCUACCCUCUCAUCAUUGAAUUCAGUCUGAUCGGUGCCGUCUGCUUCUAUAACAUCUACGGCAACAUCGGACUUUUGGAGAAGAUUCGGCGAAAGCGGAGGCAAAUUCGUACGAAGUCAAUCGUUUCAUCUAUGGUACUGCAUUUUCCACACCACCAAGCGGUGAACAUCACUUGUCAUAAGUCAUUCAAGGGCGCGUUCCUCGGAGUGAUAAUGGUUGCCAUGACUGUGAUAUCAUGUGUUGUUUACAACGUACACCAAGACCCGGAACACGUGGUUUUCGCUGGCGCAGUGUAUAACUUCACCGACAUUGCCAUUCUGUUUCCAAGUAUCCUGGCUGUGAGUUGGGCACUAUUCAAGAUGCCUCUUCUUUCUAUUCUCCAAAACUACCAGGCAGGUCCGGAUGAGAUUCUACUCAUGAUAGCUGUGGUUGGCUCAUACACAUAUGACACAUAUUCCAUAUACGUAUACAUGUCAAAGAGUCAGUUAGAGACGUGGAUGAAAGUUGCAGGCGCGCUUUGUGCCUUCCUUUCCCUCAUACAAUCAACUUUACAGGUGAUGUUCCUCUUUGAUGGUUUAAGACGGCAAACAGCCACAACAGUAGUGCUCAGGAGCAAACCUGGACGUGAGGCUGUGGUGCUUCUUCUCCUUCUCAACCUCGCCCUAUGGAUGCUGUAUUCGUUUUCGACAGCUGGUGGCCUGUAUCAGGUCCUGUCCGUUGUCAACCCAGCCCAGUCCAACGAGUCGAUGAUUGUCAGUAAACUUUGCAAACCCCUUGCUAUUUUCUUUCGGUUCCACUCCACAACGUGCCUAUAUGAAAUUUGGAAAAAUUCGUACACACUCCACAAAUCAGAGACUGAUUAAAAAGGUUGAGUUCAGCCAU